UUCAGUCUUUCGGCGUUUGCUCGAAGGUGAACACCACCUGUUGCUCCGGCUCGGGUGUUUGAGUUUGUUUUCGUUGGAUUUUUCCUCCGCGUGAUAUAAUUCGCUGCUUUGCUAACCGGCCAGCGCUAUCCACGGUACGGGAUCCUUGCCUCUCUCCCCCUCACGAGGCCACAGCGUGAGUGCUCGCGCGACGCGGGUCUAAUCAGCAAACGGUGACGUCGCCUUUGGGGGGAUUUUUCUCAUCUCGCGCUCGUCGGUGAACAGUGCUUCGCUUUUCGGGAUUUUGUUUUGCUUCUCAUUUUCCGUUUAAUCAUUCAAUUAUAGUUAAUUUGCUUGGAAGAUUGCCGUGAAGAGUGAAUGAGGAAGAGAGCACAAAACAAAAACAAAUCGGUAAUCAAUUUCCUGAUGUUCGAUUGCUGGAUUAGUGAAGCUUCCGAAGAUUGUGUGAAAAGAUUGUGAAGAUCUAGAGAAGUGUGAUCGUAAGAAAGCUUUGGUCGUCAACUGCUUAACAGCAUUUGUGAAGAUUCUCAGUUACUAGCCUAAUAGAUGCUUAAAAUGACUUAGUGGAUUACCUAGGAAUUUAGGUUGGUGGAUAAGCGUGAAAAAUAUGCGUUCUUAAAUGGUAUAUAAAGCUGUGAGGGACGAUCAAUGCAGAGAGAAUCAAAGCUUAUAAGAAGUGUCGAGUUGUACAGUGCGUGAGUGGGACAAUUUUUACGGAUUUAUCGCGGGAAGCCAAAUUUGAAUGUCAGGAGGAUUUACUGGCGCUGCUGUCUUGCUGCGUUGUCAUCCGACCGGUCAACGACGCCAGUUACGUUUUGAGCUGGUGUGAAGAAAUCUGAUUAAUUACUAUGCAUGCUGCCGCCUGUAUGUCAGGUGUGGAGUUCUGUCGCGUUUGAAUACGAGACCAGAGUGCUGGUUGAAGUGGCCUGCAGAACAUAUUGAAAGCGUGUUAGCGCCGAGAAGACGUUGGAAUUGUGUCACGUAUUGCCGUACUGCUCUGACCCAGAUGACGAAAUCAUCGAGCAAACCAAUCCCGCAUGCCUGACCGGAGCGGUCAUAAUGCGUUUGUUCAAACCGAAGAAAUUUCCGGAAAUACAGAUUGCAUCGUCCGAACCAACAGCGGAAGGGCCAUCUAACAACGACAGUACUCCUCUAGUGGCUACCGGAGCGAACCGUAAUGACAUUAUCAUUUCAAGCAUCACCCAAUCAAGUUCGGUACCGGUCAGCGCUGGGUCACUCUUAUCGACAGCAGCUGCCACAGUGGUCACCACAUUAUCGAGCGAUGGUCUGCUGCAGCACUCGUCAACGUCAACCCCGACGACAGUGACAACGCUCUCAACCGGGAACAUCGUAGCUAAUGGUGCUACUGCCAUCAUUCUGUCGAAACCAAUGGACACUGGAGCGGGCAAUGCCACAACACCACUUGCGAAUGAUAAAAUUUGCACAAUUAAUAACAAAACCGAGAAUAUUAGAUUAUUGGAGAAGGCUCGCAAUCAAGUCGCUGGUGCCGGUGGCAUUGGCGGAGGUCUGCUGUCACCAGGACAGCCACAACAGAUGCAUCAACAGCAGCAGCAGCAGCAGCAGCCUCAGCAGUCAUCAGAUUUCCAACAGCAGCAGCAUUUGCAAUCCAAUAAAAUAAACGCAAUCGGACCGCUGAUUGGCAGGAACGGAAUUGGUCCACUACCCGGGUACAAGGUGGUGACGGCUGUUCCGGUCAUGGUGCUAGACGAUGAUGCACCCACAAUCGCUGUGGCUGCGGCAGCGGUGUCAACCGCCAAGGAGAGUAAAAAUGUUUUCACAUGGGGUCGGAAGAUGGGCAAAAAAUUCGAUCUGCUGCGCCGUGGUAGUGAUGCUCAGAAACUGCCAACGACACCCCCAUCACCCAACACUCACGGCUGCGUACCUGUCUUCAACUCAGAUACGAUCAAAAAGAGUAAAACUAUCCCAUUAAAGGCGUACCAAACAACAAACGACUCAAACCUGGUGAAGCUCAACAGUGAGCGAUCAUCGGGAACGUUCAAGAGCUUCUUCUAUCGUAUGGGCUCGACUGGGAUGCUGAAUCAACGAUCAAAUCAAUUUCAGAAGCAGCAACAGCAUCAAACCAAUCAGCAGCAGCUUCAUCAACCGCAGCAAUCAAGUCCCCAGCAUAAUACACCACCUCAACUGGGCUUCAUGGGUAUGGGCAAAACCGAUGGACACUCCACGCUGUAUCGCAGUAGUUCGACUAGUCAGUUGAACACUUCAUCCUACAUCAAGUGUGAUGAUCCAACCGAAGGCGUGAAUUUGGCCAACGGAAAUCACAAGAACGCUGUCAGCAGUACAAAUUUGAACAUUUCCUCAAUGGAGCAACCGAAGACGAAGCAAUCCCCAGCAACAAAGUCUUCCAGCUGUGAUGACAUAGCACGAGUGGCUGCAACUCAGGAACAGCUAUCGAAGAAAAAUCAUUUUCCGUAUUCAUUCCUCCGAUCCAAACUAUCCGUACUUCCCGAGGAAAACGGAGGCUCAGUUAUAAACUACAAUCGAAUAAAGGAGAAUCUGCUUCGAUCGGGAAAUCGAGGGUCGGUAAUCAGUCUCCGAUCAGAUUUCGAUAACAUUUCGAUUACAGAUUCACAGUUGAACAUCUCAGACACCGGAGACGUAUUCUUAUCUGGAAACGACUCCAAGUCCAUCACGGCUAUCGACCUAAGUUCAAUGUCUCGUAACAAUUCCAUCAAGACUUUUACGGACGACCACAGCCUUGUCAGCAACUACCAAAGAUUGAGCAGUUGUCUUAGCAGCAACGAGUCCGGCUACGACAGCGACGGACGGCACGCUGAGGAUAAGAUCGACGAAAAUGGAUCCAACUCGACUGCAACUAGUUUGACGGUUCAGCAUGGCGCCACCGGUGUAGUGGAUCCAUACGCCGACGCCAUCCGGAGCAAGGAUCAAUCGUACAUGUUCGGCAGCCGGAGACGGAUGUCGUCGUCUAGCUCGAUUGCAUCGAUACAGAAUUUGGACUGCAGUACGAUUAGAAGACGCUUUCGGCAGAUCAAGCUGGAGAAGUACAGCGCUGACGAGGUGAUCGGUAUUGAACUGACGCCACAGACGGUGAACAUGGACGAGGGAGACUGCGAAACUAGGUAUCUGGUGACGGAGAUCGAUCCGGAAGGAAUUGCUUACAGAGACGGCCGCCUGCGGAUUGGCGACGAGAUUGUCAACGUAAACGGGCACCAUUUACGUGGCCUGCAAUCUCCCAGCACGGUACAACGCAUACUAUCGACUUUCGUCAACAACAUUGUAGACCUUGUCAUUGCACAUGACGAGCUAACUACGUUCAACACCGACCUGCACCGAAAGAUCAAAAUCGACGCCAGUGUGACCACCAAUCAGGUCAGUGAGCUGGAAGUCAACGGCGGUGCCGGUGGACUACUAACGACCAAUGGCAAUUUUAAUAAUAAUCCAAGACAGCAACCAGCCAUCGGAAUGGCGGAAUGCACGACGACGAUCAACUGUUCAACGCCAAUCUCGAACGGACGGAUCAUACAACACCAGCAACAACCCAAAGCGACUUUUCCAAUGACACAGAUCUACUCACCAGCGGACUACGUUCCGGUCUAUGCCAAUCGGAUAUCAAUCUCUAACACCAUCUGUGACGACGAAAAGUGGCAAAUGUUGAGCAAGCAGCGAAGUGAGGCUCUCGGAAAGAAUGGUUACUCGCAAAUCCUUGGCUCGAAACGAGUGAUCAAAGAUAGUGACGAAGAUAUCAUUAUCGUUCCACCCACUGCGAUAAAUGGUGGUCACUCGAGUGAAGCAGGACUUCACACACUCUAUCGCCCGGUAUCACAAGGUAAUCUGAGCCAUCACUCGUCGAUCGCACACUUAGCCAGCAACGGUGAUGGUGAAACGACGACUAUAUCCCGACCGGUCACCAUGGUUGAAAUCAUUUCGGACACCAUUCGAAGAAACGUUCCCUUCGGUAGCAUCAGUAACAGCAAUCGUCAAGCUAACCUUGAUUACCGUUCAAUUAAAAUUAAAAAGCCGGAAGACAUUCCAAAGACAGUACAAAGAAUCAGACUGAAAUCUUGUAACGAUACAAAUAGUGGUUCUAGUUCUACUUCCGGCGAAGGGAGCACCGCUUCUGAAGAUGACUCCAUGGAUGCUAAUCCUUUGCAGCGCUCGAAAGCGGAACAGAACAUCAACAGCAAGGACCUGGAUAACUCGAUGGAUAACGCAAAAUAUGAAUCGGGCGUUCGGAUAUUAAUCAACGAAGAAGGCUCGUCAUACAUAGAAGGAAUCCAUAAAUGCUCCUAUGUGAUCGUUACUUUCUACAAAGGCGUCGGGAUGAAAUCGCUUGGAUUUAGCAUCGUUGGAGGACGCGACUCACCCAAAGGAAGCAUGGGAAUCUACGUGAAGACGGUCUUCCCAAGCGGACAGGCAGCUCUGGAUGGCAAUCUUAUGGCUGGUGACGAAAUAGUCUCAAUAAACGAUAUGACCGUACACGGAAUGAGUCACGCUGAAACGAUAGGACUUUUCAAAAAUAUCAAAGAAGGUCCGGUAAUGCUGAAGCUUGCUAGACGGAAAUACCAGCGCGCCAAAUCUGUGGACAAUUUGCCAAAUUGAGACAAUAAGCCAACGUCCCACACCCAACACAUUCCACAAGUCUCUCCAAACGUGACCAACUGUGUCUUCCAGCAGAACUACUCUAAAAGGAAAUCCGACUCCCAGCAACACAACAACAUUUUUGGACGCUUCCGUGCUACUCCAAAAUGGACACUUCAGCUUGUCAGAAGUGUCCCGGCACCUUAUUCUAGUCACAUUCCUGAACUUAACGUUGCAUCAAAGCAGAGAGAAUCAUAUACUUCGUGUAAUAUCCGUGCUAAUCAUAAGCGAAACUAGUUUGUAGGAUUCAAGGCUACUUGGGAACUGUAAGACGUAGGACUAUUUCGGAUGUAACGAUUAGCAAUAUAAUUAAGCGAAAUUCACGAAAAAUCUAAGAUUUUCUUCCAGCAUGUUUGUACAAAACUUUAUUAAGAUAAAUUAAUGACGGUAAUAAAGAUCAGAUUUCACUCACUAGUUU